AUGCUGCGGCGUAGCUGGCCCUUCAGAGGGGACAGUUCCCUGUCGUGUCCUUUGACAGCCCGGCGCCCCCGCUCCUUUGAGGCUUUUCGCUUUCCAAUAUCACUGCCCGCUCGGGGGUGCAGCCGCGCCCCUCCGUCUCCCGCGCCCGCAGCGCCCAUCGCCGCUCCUCCCGGCGCUUCCCCCCCCCUCCACUCGCCGCCCCACGUACCUCGGAUCCGGUCUCUGCAGACCCCCGCUUGGACAUUAACUCCAGGAGCCCCGAAUCCCAGCCAGGAGACCCAUCCGGGCCGAGGGCAGGAGCGCGGCGCCCCGCCCAGGAGGUCAGGGGCAAGUGUUCGCAAUCCAGGGGUCGCUCCGGGCGGCGAAGGCGCGCAGGAGGCGGCGGCCAAGGCUCCCGCGGCCGCCGCCGCGAGCCGGGCGAGGGAUGCCGACAGCUCCCCCGCCGGCCCUCGGCGCUCCCGCGGGACGAGGUCGGAGGCGCCGCCGCUGCCUCGGGAGGAGGGUGACACGGCGACGUGCGCGGCGCUCUCGGCCGGGGCUGCGCGGGCCCGGGGCGCGGCGGGCGGCUCAGCCGCGGCGGCCGCGCUCGGCGCCUUCUCCCGGCGCAGCGCCUGCGAGCACGACGACACGGGCCGGGCGGAUGCUGCUGCCGCGGGAGAGGAGGUCUUGCCUGGCAAUCCGGACGAGACACCACGUCAACCAGCGCCAAGAGUCCCGAGAAGACAUCAGGGCGCCAGGAGCGCAGGGCAAGAACAGGAACUCUGCCUUGAAGACAGGGUUCUGAAUAAGGCCUCUCUUUGCGGAAGAAGCAGAAGCCUGCUCUCUGGGAGCCAAGAAACUUCAUUUGGAGUGUCUUUUGGCUUCUGCUCCAGCUACCAACUGCUCAGCUCUCUUGAUCCCACACUGAAAUGCUCCUUUAAUGAAAAGGUCGAAGUAGCUGUACUGGGCAUGAAUGAAGUGCUAGCAUUUGCCUGUACUUUUGUACCAGGCCUCUUUAAGGGGCUACUGAACAGGUGCCAAAGACCUGGACUAGGACAAGUGUUGAUUUGAACUGCUCCUCAGUAAAGCUCAGAAGAGACCAAUUUGCAGCAACAUUUUUACCCUGAUACUCUCCCACCAUAUCAUUGCCUUUCAUCUGGAAAACUCUGCCUGAGAAUCGGAAAGAGAGAAGCAGGCUCUUGAAUAGUCAUUUUCAUCUCCAAUACUCAUAAAGAAAGGAUAAAUCUGCUGACCUUCAGACCACUUCAAAAAUGAGAAAAGAGAAAAAAGAAGGAAAAGGGGAAGAAAUGAACAAUAAUGACAUCUGUGAAGUAAUCAAAGAAGACAUUUAUUUUUGGAAUAAAUUCUUUGUUUAUU